AGCAGUGGUCGGACCACAGUCUUACACGCAGUUGACAGCCACAACUACGCAGCUCUUCACAUGGUCUUGGAAGCCGGCGCGAAUCCCAACCCUGGGAUCCUGGAGGGCUUGUAUCGCAGCAGCCCGCUCACGUCAGCCAGCCUCGGCGGUUUGACGGAGAUGGCCCAUUUGCUCAUAGUAAAUGGCGCCACAAUAGACACGCAAUCCGCAAGGUCGGCGGCGCUAUUGCGUACGACGAUUAUCUAUACUGAGCACGAGAUUUAACGCAAAUUUGUAGACAAGUGCCAGGGUGACUGUUUGAGGUAACUCAAGUCUCAAGCUGCUGCCUGUAAUUGCCCGAUAUGCGGACGAACAAGCCAUGUUGAUCCUCGCUACGUCCGGCCAGUUUCUGCAAAUUCUCGAUCACGACUAUGAUGAUCCAAAUUCGAGACAUCUUAGAGCAGAGGGG